CACAGUGCUGAGGCUUGGAGAGGCGAGAUAAACUUCGUUUAUUUGGCGAUUUCUAGACUUUUUCUUCAUAUUUGCGAAGGGGAAUCGUGUUCAUUUUCAUUUUAUGGAAAAACUUUGGCUAAUAUCUCAAUUCCAUACGUCGACAAGAAGGAUUUAUUACUGUAUGUGAAUCUCCAAUGAUUGGGGACAGAAUGGAGAAAGACGGCCUCAUCAGAACACUGCUGACGUCUUCAGGGCCGCACUCUUCAGCUUCUAUACCUAGUUCUCCUAGCAUAUCUCCAGGCAGGAGCCAUGCAGGAUCAUCAGGUCUCACUUCCUCCUCCUUCCGUCGCCCAUGCCCAUCCUCGCGCCCUGGGUCUCCACGAGCCCCAGGGAGCACUUCAGCAUUCAGUGACAGCUUUAUGGAAUCUAAAGCAAGAUGUUUAAGUGAUCCCCAUGCUCGGUUUGCCUCUGUGCUGAGGCUGGCAAGUGGACAAGAGAGUGAGCCAGACAUAGUGAUGCUGGAUCAUCCAUAUGCACGACCCUGGAACUGGCGCCCAGAAGCUUCACAUGCUCGUCCCAGGAAGAUGCUCUUCAUGGCCAGAUCUUUUCGCCAUAGUCGUUGCAGCUCCAGUUACGAUGAACACAUUGAUGUUGAUGGCGAACCUUCCCCUCCACCUCCAUUGCUGUAUGACUUGACAAAGGCCCAGCAAGUGAUGAGUGAGUGUGAGCGGCAUGUUGUGUUUGCUCGGCUGGACCAGAUCAAACCGGAGUUGCGUCACGACAAGAAACCAUCUUCAGAAGAGGAAAAUGAAGACUGGGAAGAAAAAAUAUCAAAGAUUGGGUGGACGGAGGCACAGGUGGCCCUUUUUGCAAAGGUGGUUCAGAUUCUUGAUGCGGAUCGCCUGGGUCGUCUUGCUCUCAGAGACUCGCACAACGAACCUGUCACUCGUAGAGCAUUAGUCGAUAAAACGUCUGCUAAGUUUCGACAGGCGCUUGCACGGGUCAACUGGGACUCCAAAUUGACGCAGUGGCUCCAUUCCAUCCUAUUACAGCAUCUCAGUCUUUCCUACUUGACUGCUUACCUCGAUAUUUUACAGACAUUAAAAUCCAAGAUUCCAACGUUGAUAGACAAGAUGGUAUCACUGAGUAGUACACACCGAGGUGCAAGUGUUGAGGCUCUCAACCUGCUGCUUAAGCGUCCCUGGGAUCCUGCGGUGCCUUCCUUAAACCACCACAAACCGAGAAAAUUAGAUGGUUCUGUGAUCAUCGUUCAGGUGCCCAACGGUCCACCCUCCAGCAUCCCCCAAGCUCCUCGUCGCAUUCGCUUCUUCAAUGCUCAACUGCAACACAUGGCCAAGACUGUUCCAGUUAUGAUUACCCCAGAGACCCACGAAGCGGGGUGCAGUGCGGGAGCAGACUUGAGGGGGUGCGCGCACGGGUCAUCGAGUGAAAGAGUGUCAAUGCUUGAGACUGUGACUGCCAAUAUUUGUCUGGGGUAUCCUAUGACAGGGGCAUCUGGCAAGCGUGGCGAGGCUGACGAUCCCCUCCUGGAUUGCCGAACUCCGACUCUGUUCGUUAUUGGUGAAAAAGCCGCUAACGUCAGUAUUGACGAUGUGGAGGACCUGCGUGUACAUUUGCGUGCAGAAACUGGCUUGGUGGUUGUGGGAGGAGCCGACUCUCACCUUCGCUUGUCCUGCCAGAAACGCCAUUUAGAAGGUGUCACACAGUCGAUGGUUGAUAGAUGCAUUGUGGAUGAGAUUGGAGACUUCUUGAGUCACUUGUUGAGUGAGAGCAGUGGAGGAGGUGUAAACUCGUCAUAUUCCACCCAUCCCUCCCAGAGCCAGCACGUGUCGUCCUCAUCCGUCUACCCUCACGCCUCCUUCUCACCGUCCUUCACCAACCCUCUGCCUCCCAAGUCCCAGCGCAAGGAGAACAUAAGGAAGAGGAAGGCUUCCACGGGCUGCUCCCUGGAUGGCUCGGCACCGCCCUCUCCGGCAAAACUUUCCCGUCCUAGUACUCCAGUCAGCACUGGUGGAAGUAACGUCAAAAUACCUGUGGGCGUGUCAGCCUUGUCCUCUCCAGGGCUGACGUACAGUGGGGGCGAGUCUGCCUUGGUAACCCCAUGCUCAUCACCCUAUCAGUCAAGUGGCCAUACCCCUCUGAGUGAGUCACCCUCACUUGCCACCUCUUGUCUACCUAGAUCUUCAGCAGGCACUCCUCAAGCUUCUCCAUGUAAUUCACUCAAACGCAAAUACACAAGAAAAUCAGAGUCUCGGCGUUACCCUAAGAUGAGGAGCCUCACUGCAGAUCUCUCGUCAGGCUUGUCGUCAUUCUCCACUACCCUGACUUCAUCCCUUGUGUCAUCUCUAGCCUCAGUGGAUUCUCCAGGAGCCAGUGUGGAAGAGUCUCUGACUGCUCAGUCUAAGCAGGCAAGAGUAGCGGGCAGCACACAGGACCAGUUGUCACGUUCCACCUCCCCCACACUCUGCUCCAUCUCGUCAUCCAUGCCAUCAACCGUGGCCACUAUUCCGCUGGGAUCUUUAGCGCCCCUGUCACGACAGAAGUACCAAAGGAUCCUGAACCUGUCAGCCAUGCAGCGAGAUACUUCGUCAGCCUCCUCUUCCUCCUCCUCCUCUUCCUCCUCCUCUGACAGUCUCCACUUGGCAAGUGCUGCAGUACCUAUGGACACCACACACACCACAUCCACCCUACCUUCAACUUCCGCACCUCUUGAAAGUCAUUCGCAAGAAAUGGCUUUGUCAGUAACUUCUCCGCAUUCUGGUGGUGGGUUGAUUGAUCAUUUUAAGGUGCCUUAUCAUGGCCGAGCUUUAAGGAGUUCUGGGAAAUCCAGACUUGGCUUCAGUAAAGGCUCUAAAGUGGGCAGUAAGCACAUUGCUACACAGAAGAAUGCUUCCCCUCACCAGUGUGUAGAGUUAGGCAGAGUCAGUAAAAGUUCUUCAGUAAAAUUUUCAUAUCUUAAAAAUAACACAGACUGUUUGUUAAAAGUUUUUGAUGACGCCAAGUUAGAUAUAGGAAUGACUGAUAAAUUAGAUCAAGGUAUGACUAGCACCACAGACAUUUUGUUAGGAACUAAUGAUCCCAGAAAGUUAGACCAAGUCUUAACUGGUGACACACACAGCUUGUUAGGUGAUAAUAAUCUUAGUGAGUCAGACAAAGGCAUAAUUGGUAACACAGACUAUUUGUUAGAAACUGUUGAUUAUAGUGCCUUAGAUGAAGACAUAACUGGUAAUGUAGAGAGUUUGUUAGAUGCUGUGUAUCAUGAUGAGUUCGAUGAAGGAAUGACUAGUAACAAAAACAAUUUAUUUGAUGCUAUUUAUCACACUGAGAUAGAUCAAGGAAUGACUAGUAACAAAAACAAUUUAUUUGAUGCUAUUUAUCACACUGAGAUAGAUCAAGGAAUGACUAGUAACAAAGACAGUUUGUUAGAUGCUAUUUAUCAUAGUGAGUUAGAUCAAGGAAUGACUAGUAACAAAGAUAGUUUGUUAGAUGCUAUUUAUCAUAGUGAGUUAGAUCAAGGAAUGACUAGCAACACAGACAGUAUCUUAGAUGAAGAUACAGCUAGCAUGAGCAAUGCACAUGGUAUGUCUGAUGAGGUAAACAGCCAUUUCCAGUAUUCAGAAAAUAGUUGCAUUUUAGAAAAUGUUUGGGAAGAGACAUUUAAUGAAGCUUUUUCAGAUUUCAGUAAAACCACUAAUAAGGUUGUAAUUGAUCAACAAACAGGGAAAUCAUAUUGGCUACUAGGCGGACCUCCGUUAGUCAAUGAUGAGUUGAGUUGCUUUGUAAACAACACAUGUUUGAGUAGUGAUAAAAGAGGCAGCAAUUGGUUUGAUGACAUAGUAUUUGCAUCUGACGAUCAAUGUAGUGAUAUUGUCGAUAAUUGGAUAUCUGGCCAGUGUCUCUGGCAACCUGGCAGUGGUGUUACACCUGUGGUGGGUAGUGAAGGCAGUGAGUUGCUCAAGUCUAGUAGGGAUGAUGGUAUAUGGAAUACUUCUUCACAGUGGUAUACUGAAGGCAUUAGAGUUCCAUCUGACAGUAAUGAUAUAUGGAAUGUUUCUUCACAGUGGUAUACUGAAGGUGUUAGGGCUCCAUCUGACAGUAAUGUCUUUUCUAAUGAUAUAUUUUCCCGGCCUCAUCAAUCAGAAAUCUCAACUUCCGAGUCCAUUGGCAUCACCACCACCUCUCCUACCCUUGUGUCAAGCUCCGAAAGAAGUCCGAUUCUACGUCAAAGACUUAGCGAUUCAGGCACAGUGGUGGGCACCAGGAUGACAACUGGACUGCUGCUGGGUAACCUGUCAGGGAAGGUGCUGAAGGAAACUCCUCCCAUGUUCUCUCCCACCACUAUAUCUACCACUAACACUCUGGCAACUGUCGUCACCACUACUUCCACUAACUCUUCCGAUCUCCAGGCCAGGAAGUAGGUAGUCCACUGAGCCCUCGAGGUGGAACUGGUGUGAGAGUGUACUCUGGCAGCCCCAAGACAUCAGCUGCCUCAUUUCUCCUCACCAAUGUAAAUUCUUCAUCUGCAGUCCGCAUGGCUAGCCCCUCCAUGGUUAUUACAAAUACAAUGGGAAUGUCCUCUGGCAAUGGAACAGUUAUUUCAGAGAGUUCUGCUCUGUCUUUGGGUGUUGGGCCUGUGGUAGUGAGUGCUGGAGGCGUUAGUGGGGCAGGUAGCAUAGUGAGUGGUGGACGCAGCAGGGUGAUAUUAACCUCUAGUCCUCGCUUGGUACGACCCAUUGUGGCUCACACUGCUCGCACUAUUGCCACCACUCGGACUUUGAACACGAGCCGGCCUACAGUGAUGCUCGUAACGACGCCAAAUCACGUAACUCUAGCUUCCUCCACCCUUACCACACACACAGCCCCUAUAACACCUGCAACCUCUCUUGCCACCUCUACAACACUUGUAUGUUCCACUGCAUCUGCACCCUCAACUGCUCUAGUACAUUCCACACCCACUUCAACCUCCACCACACCUUCCAGUGUUCCAACAGGAGAAUUAGCUCUGCUAGUUGCAGCAUCUGAGAUGAGCGAGAGAGCAAGAAAUACAGUCUCACCAUCAGAUAAUAAUUCCAAUACAUAUCAAAGUACUAACAGUUCCUCAGUAGCAACUGACACUUCAGCAAGUCCUUCAUCAGUAACAGCAGUAGUAGCCACCACAGAACAUGAACACACAGUAACAAGCAAUCAAAAGGCUUCUACUGAUGAUAAAGAUGUUCACCAACCACUUGUUCCUCAUUCCUCAGCCACAACUACUGACACUACAAAUACAAAUAUGUUGCCGCUGACAUCCACUGUCACCACCACCACUGCUACAACUCCCACUAACACCACACUGGUUCUCGCUACCAGCACGCCCUCUAAUACCUCAUCUACCACAACUGGUACAAGCUCCACCAGUUCUCAAUCACGCCAACAAGGUAUUGUCACAAGAACCUUCACAUUAACAGGAGGAACAGGUUUGCGAUCUCGACGUAGUAUUGGCCCACUUGUGGUUGAAAUUGAGAGCAAUCCUGUUAAGUCAACAGCUACAGAAAGUUCCACUCGUGGAGUGACUUCACGAAAGACUCGUAGCAGAGGCCCUGCAAGGAGCAGAUCAAGUUUGUAGUGCAAUUUUAAUUAUGAAACAAACAAGUUUCUUCACUUAAGGUUUGACCUACUUUAUAAGCUUUAUUUUUAAUUUAAGACAGAAUAAUUAUUCAUCUCUGACAGCUGGGUGUG